AUGACCACCAUAAACAAUAAGGCACACCAGGCCAUCUGCUCGUACUUCAUCGGGCCCAAGGGAGCUAAUAUAGAUGAAUUCAAAAACAAUAUCCAUAGAAUUCUGAAGCACGUGCGAACUGCGCGAGAGAAAACAUUCUAUGCGGAAGAUGAAGCAUUUAUCCCGGAGGAGAUUAAGAAAACGGAGGAAUUCCAGCGACUUACCAAGAAUUUUGGUAAUGCCAUCGACGAAGCGGCGAAAUUGUUAGGCGAGCACUCCGUCCCGUUUUGGACCCCUCGCUAUGAGGCGCAUAUGACAACGGACGUUAGCAUGGUCUCCCUGCUUGGAUACUUCAUGACCAUGAUAUACAAUCCCAAUAACGUUGCGACUGAGGCAAGUCCCUUUUCGACCGCGGCGGAAAUCCUAGUGGGAGAACAGCUGUGCAGAUUGCUGGGAUAUGAGACCAAGCAUGUUGCUGGCUCGCCUGCUGGGUGGGGCCAUAUUACUUGCGACGGAACCGUGGCCAAUUUGGAGUCCAUCUGGGUAGCCCGAAACCUGAAGUUUUACCCUCUCUCGCUGUAUCUGGCUAUCAAAGUGGGUAACCUCAGAUUUGCGGCUAAAGAUUUUGAAGUGGAGACUUGUACUGGCGCGAGGAAGCGCUACCUCGACUUGUCGACAUGGGAGUUGCUUAAUCUAAGGGUCGAAACCGUACUGGACCUAGCCAAGCAAUUGAGCGACAAGUACGAUAUCUCACCAACAUAUAUUGAAGAUGCACUAUCCGAAUUCAACGUUCAAACUGUAGGUAAGGAUGCACUAGAAAGGGAAUUCGGCAUUAAGGACCCGAUUCGCUAUAUGCUGAGCAACACUCGCCACUAUUCCUGGCCCAAAGGAGGGGCAAUUGCUGGUAUUGGCUCGCAAAAUAUGUUCGGAAUUAAAGUCGACGCUGAGGCUCGUGUGGACCUUACCGACCUUGUUGCUAACUUAGAAAGAUGCCUUAAAAAUGGGCAAGCAGUCUAUGCUGUGGUUGCUGUAAUGGGUUCUACAGAGGAAGGAGCCGUGGAUCGUUUGAGUGAAAUCCUGCGGAUCCGCCAGCGGUUCCAGAAAAAGGGUCUAUCAUUCCUUGUGCAUGCUGACGCUGCAUGGGGAGGCUACUUUGCUAGUAUGCUUCCACGAAAGUUGAUGGCGCGGGCCGCCAAGGCAGAUCCGCUCGAAGGAAUAGAGAAAAGCGACGAAGGAUUCGUGCCAGGCCUUAGUCUCAAGGUCGAAUCGCAGGAGGAUUUGCUGGCUCUCAGAUGUGCAGAUUCGAUUACCAUUGAUCCACACAAAGCAGGUUAUAUUCCGUACCCAGCUGGAAGUCUGGUGUAUCGGGAUGAGAGAAUGAAGAACCUCGUUACGUGGACGAGCCCUUACAUUGGGAGGGGUUCUUUGACGAAUAUUGCAGCGAUGUCAACUUGGCUUGCCAAUGAGUGCAUUGGUCUCAAUGAAAAAGGUUACGGAGCUCUCCUCGGCGAGGCUUCAUUCACUAGCAGCAGGAUUGCCGCUCAUUGGGCAGCGCUGACGCAAAAGGACGAUAAAUUCAUCUGUGUACCACUCAACCGGCUUCCAUCAGAAGUAAAUGGCGGUGAUGUGGAGGGAGAGAAACAAAAGAUACGUGAACAUAUAUUGGGCAAGGACAAUGAGACUAUCUACGAGAGCAAGGAGUUGAUGACUUUGUUACGUGCGCUCGGUUCGGAUUUGAACAUCAAUGCCUUCGGCCUCAACUGGCGCUAUGCGGACGGGCGGUUAAACGACGACAUUGAAGAGGCCAACUAUCUCAUGCGGAAAGUAGUUGAAAAGCUCUCUAUCAGCACCCCAAAUGACAACCCUGUCGAUAUCAAGUUCUACCUCACAUCGACCGAAUUCAAGCAUGAUGAGUACGGGGCCUGUGCCCAAAACUUUAUGCGCAGACUUGGAAUUGAUCGAUCCAAAGAAAGCUUGAUGGUUUUGCGAAAUGUUGUCAUGAGCCCCUUCCCGACGCGAAAUGGUUUCUUGCAGAAGCUCAUGGAUAUAUUCAAACAAGUCGUGAACGACGUCGUUGAUAAAUGUCGAGAACGGAACUGCGUUACACACCCCGAGCAUCAUAAUUUUCUUAUUCAAGGCAUAAAAGAUCCCAGCGUCAUCUAUCUUGUCUACCGACCGAACUUCCAGCUAGCCAGAUCCCGUCGGCAGUUGAUAUUUAGGGUCUGCCUAGACAGUAACAGCAUGGACAUAUACAGAACAGUGAAGGAUCAAGCUACUACUCCAAUCUUCCUAAAGACAACACAAGAGACCUGUCUAGAGGAGAUCAUCAACAAUGUGAAGACAAACAAAGAAUUCAAGCUGCCGGGAAAUCUGUGUAAUGAGCAAGGGCGAGUAUCUUUAUCACAACAAAGGCAUCAAUUACUGACCGAUAAUAGGGACCAUCUCGGCCAAAAAGCAAUUGAUGUCCAUAUUUGCAAGAUUAUCAAGAACCGCUCUCUUAGUUCCCGUAACCGGGAACCCACAUAUCCGAGGGACUAUAUGCCAUUCUAUUUGUAUGGUUCUAAUGAAGAAAAACACCUCUCACAUAUGCUUCUCAAAUCCCCGAAUGUUGAGCUUUGCGCUGCGGGGUUGAAACUCGACCUCGACUCCCAAAUCGAAGACGGGGAUCUCCGCAAGGGUGUUAUACUUUGUCUUACCGACAGAUAUGAGGCAUAUAUGCAACCUAUUCAGGCCCCUUCCCCAAAUAACUCCUUCUUCGCGCCUCGCAGAAUAUUCAAUGUCAAGAUUUGGCCAGACCUAAAGCGGCCGGACGAGUCUGGGCCAGAUCUAUUACCAGAGUCUCUGAAGGACUUUGGCCCUGAGAUUGCAUCAGGGACCCUAGAGCUGCCGGCUACGACAGAGCUUCUUGUAGACUCUGUCAACAUCAACAAGGACCCAUACGCCGACACCCCCGACGGCAACGCUGAAGAAUGGCGUAAGUUAUUUGAUGAAAUUCGCGCGAAGUUGAAGGAUCCAGCGUUACCGGAAACAACUUAG